AUGCGAAUCGUCAAAUCUCAAAACCCCACGCCAUAUAUUCUUUCUUCCUUGUCAAAGGCAAAGUCAGGUUCGGUUCAACGACUGCAAUUACAUACAUACAUAUAUACUUACACCAUCAACGACCUUAAAUAACUGGCCGCCUUUUGUCACUUUUUCAGGGGUUUCACUGUUCUUGUUGAUUCAAUCAAUUCAAAUUUCAAGAUUUUUGGUCCAAUUUUUUACUUGUUCUUUGUUAAUUUGUUGAGUUGGAGAUACUAUAAGCUUCAAUUUUUUGAGCUUUUUUGUUUGAUAACCUUUGAAUCAAAGCUUACUAGGGUUUAUAUUACUGUAUUGAUCCGAAUAAUCGUUGAUUCGUUAGUAAUUCGGGUUUCUUUUAUGGAAGUUUGAGUGCGUUAAUUCAUUGAGAAUGACUGCUUUUAUGUUUAGUCUACUGUUGUUCAUGCAAGUAUCGAGAUCCUUUGCUUCCGGUCUCGAAGUAAAGUCGAAGAUUUGCGGCACUGAUCGCUUAGAGUAUUCGAAUUCAUUCGGUCGUGUACUGUUUUAUUUGAAUGGUAAUCUGGUAGAUAAAGUUCUGUUCUGUAAGGCCCUGCAGUUUCACCAUGCAGAGCAUUGUGCGUUUGAAGGUUAUAUCGGAACUGAUUAUUGUGGGUUGGACCUUUCAUCAGUUGAAUUGUCCGUGGUAAGAAGAAAAUUCUUGCGGGAGCAAAAGAAGAAAGAUGAUAAUCCGGAGGGGAAGAAAUAUUCAGCCUCGUCCAAAGUCGGGAUAGCAGCAUCGGGAAUUGUUUUGACAUGUUGUGUUUUUAUCUGCCCAUGUGUUUAUAGGAAAAAGAGAGAAACCGCCUCUACUGUUCUUAAAAAGGAGCCGAAUUCAAGUGAUUCGACGUCCCCUUUAGAUGUGAAUAUUUAUGUUCCUCAUGAAAAGGUUCCUCCUACUUCUUCAGUAUUCUCAGUGUCUCCAAACCUCAAUAGAACUGGGUCAGUGCAUCUCAAUCUAGCACAGGUCACCAAAGCUACCCGUAAUUUCUCACCAGCUCUACAGAUAGGUGAAGGGGGGUUCGGAACUGUCUACAGGGCUCAGCUAGAUUCCGGUCAGGUGGUUGCCAUUAAACGAGCAAAGAAGGAACAUUUCGAGAAUCUGCAAACUGAAUUCAGCAGUGAAGUUGAACUUCUAUCCAAGAUUGAUCAUAGGAACCUUGUGAGGCUUCUUGGUUAUGUCGAUAAAGGAAAUGAACGGCUUAUUAUUACGGAAUAUGUACCGAAUGGUACUCUAAGAGAUCAUUUGGAUGGUCAACGCGGCAAAAUCUUGGAUUUCAAUCAGCGACUUGAAAUUGCCAUUGAUGUUGCUCAUGGCCUUACCUAUCUCCAUCUUUAUGCAGAGAAGCAAAUUAUUCAUCGAGAUGUGAAGUCGUCCAACAUUCUUCUUACGGAAAGCAUGAGAGCCAAAGUGGCUGAUUUUGGAUUCGCGAGACUUGGUCCCAUGGAUUCGGACCAAACACAUAUUUCAACCAAAGUGAAAGGAACGGUUGGUUACCUUGAUCCCGAGUACAUGAAAACCUAUCAACUCACGACCAAGAGUGAUGUGUACUCAUUUGGGAUUUUACUUAUCGAAAUUCUGUCCGGCCGUCGUCCUGUGGAUCUAAGGAGACCUGUUGAAGAGCGCAUCACACUUAGAUGGGCAUUCCGUAAGUUUAACGAAGGACAAGCCGUGGAACUAGUGGAUCCUAUGAUGGAAGAAGCUGUUGAUGCGGAGAUAAUAGUGAAGAUGUUUGCAUUGGCAUUUCAAUGUGCAGCACCCAUAAGACACGAUCGGCCGGAGAUGAAAUUCGUGGUAGAACAUUUGUGGGCAAUAAGAGCCGACUAUCGUCGGAGUUCGAGAUGAGGCUAAGCACAAAGAGAGGCUUUGAAAGUAGUCUUCUCUCCCCUUGAUUGUUAAUUUGUUCUGCCCUCGGUUCAAGCUUUUCUGUAAAAACCGGAAUUCGUAUUUAGCCGGAAGCUGUGAUGGAACUUUUGCCUGGUUUUCUUGCUUCAAGUAUCUCAGAGUGUCAUUUGUGGCUAAGCUUAAAAAGUAAAUAUGUAGAUAUAUUUACUCACCUGUAUGAUUUAGAGGCUUCACUUUUUCCAGUUCAAUUUUAUUUAUAUAUAUUCAAAGUUUUUCUA